AUGCAACGUUUGUGGUGCAUUCAACUCAGUUGGGACGAACCCGUUUCGGAGGAAGUCGCUGUAGAAUGGCAUAAUUAUAGUGCCCAAUUAACAACAUUAAAUAAGUUCAGUAUUCCAAGAUAUAUAUUAUGUGAAAAUAAAAUCGUUACAUUACAGUUACACGGUUUUGCCGAUUCAUCUAUCAGAGCGUAUGGUGCAUGUGUUUACAUUAGAAGUACUGACGAAAACGGCCAGCACACGGUGCGUUUGCUACAAGCGAAGUCCAAGGUCGCGCCCAUAAAAACGAUAUCGCUGCCUCGACUAGAAUUGUGCGCAGCCCUAUUAUUAGCACGAAUGGUAAACGGAAUAGUGCCGAAGUUGAAAUGCAAAUUCGAGCGACAAUUUUAUUGGACCGAUUCGAGCGUAACCCUAGCUUGGAUUUCAUCUCCAUCUGCUAAAUGGAAAACGUUCGUGGCGCAUCGUGUUGGUGAAAUACAAGACAAAACGUCCAUAAAUGAUUGGCGUCAUGUCCGCUCGGAGGACAAUCCUGCUGAUUUAAUAUCACGUGGCUGUACUCCAAACGAAUUGCGAAUUAAUGCGAUGUGGUGGAACGGUCCCCAUUGGUUGAAGGAGGAGUACGAGAAAUGGCCGAAGUCAUGUGUACAAUACAGUAGUACAAACAAUAUACCAGAAGCCAAAAAUACGGACGAAACAACAAUUACGACUGUUGCAUGCGUAGCGUACGAUAAAUGUUAUUCGUUGUUAUCUAGAAGGUCGUCGUUAUUAUUUAUCAUCAGAGUGACGGCGUAUUGCCUACGCUGGCGGUAUAACAUGAAUCGAGCAGUAUGUGAUAAAAAUAAUGGGCCGUUAACGGUAAACGAAUUAGAUAGAGCAAAUACGAAAAUCGUCAAAAUAAUUCAACGCGCACAUUUUCGGCAAGAAUUGAGAGAGUUAAAUAGUGCAAAUGCGAAUGUGUCAAAAAAAAGUAAACUACUGCGUCUUAGUCCAUAUAUUGAUGGGGAUAAUAUUAUACGCGUCGGAGGUCGUUUAAAAUACGCUAUGGCGUUAAAUGACAAUCAGAGACAUCAAAUUUACAAAAAAGUAUCCGAUAUUUCUACAAAGUUAAUUAAACUAGAACAAGAAAAGUGUGUCCCCACUGAAACAUUAUCUUUAAGUAAUUUGAAUGUAAUGAGUAGUGUUAAUAAUGAUACACCACCUACACAAAAUUCUGUUAAAGAAAUAACUCAUGCUGAAGGUCAUAAUAUUUUUUACAAACCACUUAAUUUCAAUCAUUCUAACUUAUGUUAUGCAA